AUGCAGCGGGUGUUUUGCAAAAAGAAAGCUCGCGAAUAUGUGUUUAGUUUUAUUAUUUUGCAAAAUGUGAACUUUGUAUUGUUUUGCUACCAAGAUAACAAGGGAUAUUUAUAAUUAAGGUGUUUCUUAUGUGCAGUUUGGUGCUUUUCUUGAGUGUGGACAACGGAUUGUUCCAAUACGUACACCUGCUCAGCUACUGCAGAUAACUGAAUGUAGUAAAACAUAAGGACACUUGGCCAAAAACCGAGAUGAGUAAGGAGAAAGUCGUCAAAGAUUCUUUAUUUACGUUUUUGCAGCAAGAGGCAACGGGUGUUUCAAUCAGUGCUGUGGAUGAUAUAGUUCUUAAUUACAUAGUCAGUGUAUUAGAGGACUUGGGUACAGAAGGCAUUGAUGAAGAAGGAUUUGAUAUUGAUGAAUUCUGUGAAAUGAUCACUGCAUAUUUACCAGGAUUUGAAGAUGUAGAUAGUUCCAAGGUUUGUGAAUGGAUAUUCACAUUAGCAAAAAGACUUGCUGAAGUUCAGAAUGAAGUGCCCACUACAGCAACAUCAACAAAUAAAGAUGAAGACAGAAACUCCAAUUUUCAUAUACCUGGAAAGCCAAAGGACAAGUCUGUUUCAGCAGAUUUAGAUACAAGUAAAACCACAACAACAUCAACCCUAUCACAAAAACGAGCUCACAGUAUAUCAGAGACAUCUGAGGACUCGGUAGAUUCAGUUGGAGCUGCUGCUCCAAGUUUGGACUCUCAAGAUCACGUAGAACAAGCUCAGGUGUCAUUACUACUAGAAAUGUUCCCGUCUUCCUGCAGUAUAGAGGUCACUCACUGCCUCAAGGUGGCUGAGGGGGACCUUGAUAGGGCUGUCCAACUGGUUUUACAUAGAAUAGAGACGGGGGAACAGCUAACAAAGAAGACAAAUAAGAAGAGUGCUAAAAGAAACCCAACAGUAUUAGUAGCUGCCGAUGGUAUAAAAGAUGCAAUAGUUUCAAGGUAUGGGUAUGUGGAUGAAGAUGAAGACAAAAGAACCCAUCAACCAACAUUACCCAAACAGGAGCCUAAGAAGCUUGUUAUGUACAGAGACAGCCAGGUAGUGAGCAAAAGAGGAGAGAAAUUCUCUGAAGUCAAGAGAGAUGACUCUGAAGAAAUGAAAAAGACUUAUGUAAAUCUGAAACCAGCCAGGAAAUACAGAUUUCAUUGACCUCCAGGUGCAACUAAUGCAAUUUUGUCACUUCUGUCACAAUUUUGUCACAUCUAACACAUGUCACUUCCAUGGAAAGAAUCCAUGUGCUAAUUGUAAUUUUUAUAAAGACAUUUUGUGUGGUCACAUGACACUUGAUUGACAUUACAAGAAUAUUUCCAUGACUAUACAAACUAAAGAAGCAGCAAUUUUACAUUGUAUUCUAUAUCAUUUGUAUGUUAGAUUUUUUUUUAUUGAAUAGUACUAUGAAAACCUGUUUUUAAAUGAUUUAUGAUUUGCUCAUUCAUACAGACUUCAGGUGUACAGUACAGUACAGCAGUUUAAAAGUGUAUUUAUGGAUAGGAUAUUUUUACCAAAUGUGAAAUUAUAUCUAAUUAUAUGCAUGAUUUAUAAUAUGUGAGUCAGGGGAUGUGACUGAAAUUAUGUACCAGUACUCAGAGGUGAAGUGAAGAGAUUUUUGUGUAGCAAUACAUAUGUAUGUGUAAUUAUUUGUCUAAAAAACAAAACUGAAGCACAACAAUAGUGACAGUUCAUGAUGAGAAACAAGACUUUAUAAUUAAUGAAUCAACAAAAAGGUUCCUCUACAGCAUUUUGAAUUAAUUGAAAUAUGUUUUACUUUUAUUGAUGUAGAAAUGACUGGACCAUAUCAUCAUUUUAUGCUAGUCUCCAGCAAUCCAUUGCCUUAGGUGUUGAUUUUGCAAGAUAUCAUAGUCAUGCUGGUUGUCUUUCAGUUAGACAGUGAUGUAAUUUUUCCAGUAGUUUUGUAUCACAGAUGUUAUCUCUCAAGCUUCAUUUUGAUUUUUCAACGUAUCUUGAUGUUGAUUUUUUUAACAAAGCUUUAUUUUGAUUUUAGUAGAACUUUAUUUUGAUUUUUAAGUCAAAAAGUACACCAGGCUUAUUGCUUCAUUUAUGAUUGUUAUAUAUCUUAGUAUGGAGACAUUUCAUCAGAUCAGGCCUGUAGGCAAGGUACAAAGAACCAUCCCAGAACAGGUCCAUUUUGAAUGCCAAUUGCAUUUUAGGUUUGAUUCCAUUUCUCAGGUUGGGCCAAUAAACUGGGUAAGAAUGUCCACUUUUUUUUUUUUAUAGAAAAGAACCCUCUUUGAAAUUGCAAAUAGUCCUGUUGUACAUCAUUCAAUUAAUGCCUUAUUGGCACCAGUUUCAGUUUUUUGUCAAACAUUAAUUGAAAGUCAUGUUACAUUCAAAACAUUUUUAAAAUUUAAUAAUGCUGUUUGUCAACAUUUAUAUAACUUGUAAUGUCUUUAUAGUUUUUAGGAUUCUGUUUGUAGUGAAACAUGUUAUAACUUACAGAAUUAAGUUACAGAUGUUUAACCAUCAUAUCGUUGUGGAGACGUUGUAUGUCAAGGUUAGCAAGUCAAUCUGAAUUAUGUAUUUGUAAUCCUGGUAAAACCAGUGCCUUGUUGUAGUCACAUAUUAAUAUUAGGGCAGUUCCUAUCUUUGUGAUAAACAUAGAGUUCCAAAGUACUUGUUCAUACAAAUGCCAAGUUGUCUGACAUGGUCGUUUUUACAAUUUUCAUAGAAAUCAGUACCUUCAUCUAUGUAAUGUAAAUUUUGAUGACAAAUGCUUUAUCAUUAUUAAUAGUUUAUUUUGCAUAGGUAUGAAAUAUUCUCACAAUUUGUCAUAAAAAUUAUACCUAAAAUUAUGGUGCAUGAUCAAUAAAUAUAAUGCUGUAGGCUUUGUUCAUUAUGCCUUUUACAGUUCCAUCCAUAUGAUGGUUCCCCUAACACUUGAACUCCUGUGCUUUUUGAGUGUUGUUUCAUUUCAGAGAUCAUCACUGAUGUGAUGGUUGUGUGGAUUAUUGUUAAAAACAAAUUUUAUUAUCAUAAUCACAGUGAAGCUGUCACCAGUCUUACAUAGUACAAGUGUUUGCUUCUGAAACCCUCGAAUUUUUUGUCAUGAUUUCACAGGUAAGCAUGAACAUAUCUACUGAGCAAAUGACUAGCACUGGUUGAAAUGCUAAGCACAUUUCAAAUACUGAAAACAACUAUAGCUGCCUAGGCAAUACUUUAUGUUCAUUUUGACAUAAAAAAACAGAUCCAAAGAUAUUUUCUGACAUUCUUCCAAAUUAUCUUUGUUGAUCCAUCCGCCAUA